AUGCAACCAUUUCCAAGCUUCAGCACGCAGACUACACCUCAAGAGCGAAAGGAGAGAGCUGCUUGGCACCCAAGCGACGAUGUCUUACUGAUCAGUUCCUGGUUAAAUACCAGUAAAGAUUCUGUAGUUGGCAACGAACAGAAGAGUCAUGCUUUUUGGCAGAGGGUAUCAGACUAUUAUGAUGGAAGUCCAAAUGCAGAGGGUUGUGUACCGAGAACGACAAGCCAGUGCAAGCAGAGGUGGCACAAGAUCAAUGAUCUUGUGUGUAAGUUCUCCGGUGCAUAUGACUCUGCAACAAGGGAGAAGACCAGCGGCAUGAACGAGAACGACGUCCUGAAGCUUGCUCACCAGAUUUUCUUCACAAACCACAAGAAGAAAUUUAACCUUGAAUACGCCUGGAGGGAACUGCGGAAUGAUCAAAAGUGGUGUGAUCUUUCCACCACAAAAGGUAAUGAAGCGAGCAAAAAGAGAAGAACCGAUGUGAUGGAGACUGAAGCCAUGGAGACUGUCGAAAAUGAUGGUUCAUGCUCUCGUCCUAUUGACUUUCAAAAGGUGUUGGACGUCAAAGAAAAGGAAUUAGCAACAAGGGAGAGGCUUACUAGGAUGAGCGUUCUUGACAGACUCCUUGCAAAAACAGAUGCUCUGAAUGAGGUGGAAGAAGCACUUAAGCAGAAGCUUCUUAAGGAGAUGUUGUCUACUUAG